AUGGCCGAGCUUCUGAGUCAACCGGGCGUGCUCCUUGCGGGCGCCGCUGUCGUCGCCGGCGUUGGCGCCUACUUCGCCAUGGGCUCGUCCGCGCCUGCGCCGUCGUCGGCCAAGUCCAUCAAGAAGAAGGCGCCGGAGCUCCCGAAGAAGCUCAAGAAGAAGAAGGAGAAGGAGGAAGCGCCGGCGCCGGCACCCGUGGCUGCGCCCGUCGAGUCGGAGCCCAUCGACUUGCAGCAGUUUGUCGGUGACUUUCCCGACUCGGAGGACGAAGCUGCCGCCCGCGCUGAGACCAACCGCAAGCGCAACGCCAAGAAGAAGGCCGCCAAGAAGAAGAAGGCGGCCGCUGGCACCGACUCGGAGCCGGCGUCGGCGUCCGAACCGGAGAAGAAGGUCAAGGCCAAGAAGUCCAAGGUGCCUAAGGACGCGGUGAGCGCGCCCAGCGUCGAGCCGACGCACGCCCAGGAAGAUGGCUGGGAGACGGUCAAGUACAAGAAGCGCGGCUCCAAGGCCAACCUUGCGCCCUAA